AUGGGAAACUUCUGUCAGAAGCACUGCGCCUGUUUGGAGCCCUACAUCCCGUGCUUAUUCUCAGGGAGAGACGGUGAGCAGGAUGAGAAAGGUGGCCAAGUCUUCGCCAACCUUGCUGUGAUAAGGCAUGACUUCCAAGCAGGACAGAAAGACAGAGCCAGUAAGAUAAAAGAGAAACCUUUACCUCCGCUGCCUGGCCAGCAUCUGGUGAAUACUUGCAGAUUUGUGGCACUCUUUGACUACGAGGCUCGCACUGAGGAGGACUUGAGCUUCCGAGCUGGGGAUAAGCUUGAAGUGCUGGAUGCGUCCCACGAGGGCUGGUGGUAUGCUAGGCUCCUCCUGCCAUCAGGGUCAGUCAGUCCUGGCCGCAAGCUCCAGGGCUACAUCCCCGCCAACUACAUAGCUGCUGACCAGAGCAUCGAAGCUGAGCCAUGGUUUUUUGGCCCAGUCAAACGAGCAGAUGCCGAGAGACAACUGUCAUACCCUGGAAACCAGGCAGGAGCCUUCCUAAUCCGAGAAAGCGAAAGUCUAAAAGGCGAAUACUCACUUUCAGUUUUUGAUGGUGUAUCUGUGAAGCACUACAGGAUCAGAAAGCUGGAUGAAGGAGGCUUUUUCCUAAGCAGAAGGAAAACUUUCAAAACUCUGAAUGAGUUUGUUGACUAUUACAGUAAGAACAGUGAUGGCCUCUGCGUGGUGCUCAGAAAGCCAUGCCUAAAGGUGCAAAUUCCUACUACUUUUGAUUUGUCGUAUAAAACUGUUGAUCAGUGGGAGAUAGACCGACAAUCUCUGAAAUUGCUGAAAAAAUUAGGAUCUGGUCAGUUUGGUGAGGUAUGGGAAGGACUGUGGAAUAAUACCACCCCCGUGGCAAUCAAAACAUUAAAACCAGGUUCAAUGGAUCCAAAGGACUUUCUGAGGGAAGCACAAAUAAUGAAGAACUUGAGACAUCCAAAGCUUAUACAGCUUUAUGCUGUUUGUACUUUGGAAGACCCAAUUUAUAUUAUUACUGAGCUGAUGAGAUAUGGAAGUCUUCUAGAAUACCUUCAAAAAGAUGCAGGCUCCAAAAUCUUCCUGCCACAUCAAGUAGACAUGGCUGCUCAGGUGGCUUCCGGGAUGGCUUACCUGGAAUCUCAGAACUAUAUCCAUCGGGAUCUGGCAGCCAGGAAUGUUCUUGUUGGUGAGCACAGUGUUUACAAAGUGGCAGACUUUGGACUUGCAAGAGUUUUUAAGGUAGAAAAUGAAAACGUAUAUGAAGCUAGGCCUGAAACAAAACUCCCAGUGAAAUGGACAGCCCCAGAGGCAAUCCGCUACAACAAAUUCAGCGUAAAGUCAGAUGUCUGGUCCUUUGGAAUACUUCUGUUUGAAAUAUUCACCUAUGGGAAGAUGCCUUAUGCUGGUAUGGCAGGACACCAGGUGAUCCAGAUGCUGGACAAGGGGUACAGACUUCCACAGCCGGAGAACUGCCCGGCGCCGCUCUACCAGCUGAUGCUGCAGUGCUGGAGCGCGGAGGCGGGCGGGCGGCCCACCUUCGAGGCCCUCUGCGAGCAGCUGGAAAGCUACUUCGAGACCGACGCCUCGUCCUACGCCCAGGCCGUGGUGAAGUGA